UCAACGGAUUGUUUAAUGCACAUAACUAUUUUAUUUUGUUCAUUUAAAAGAAAUUAUAUUAAGAUCUCCGUUCAUAGUACUAUAGUAAUCAUGGCGGAACAAGAGGGGAUUUUGCGUAAAAUUAUCGACGUAAUUGCUAAAGAUCAAAAAUAUUUGAAUUUUAAUGUAACAGUGAAACCGAUAUCUACAGACGGUGCCAAUUACACGUCAAAGUUGUUUUUAAUCACUGUAUCAGAAGCGGACAAGGAAAACCUGGAGUUAUUUGUGAAAUUUAAUACGUUCAGCGAGAAAAUUUGUUCAGAACUACACUACUAUGGUUAUGAAACGGAGCGUUUCAUGUAUACAGAACUUGCAAAAACAUAUAAAGCAAUAGAAGAGGAAAACAAAAUACCACUUGAAAAUAAACUGUUUAUACCUCAACAUUAUAAUUGCGACCUAAAUAUUGCGCGAGAGACUUUGGUGUUGGAAAAUUUACAAUCAAAGGGUUAUACUACGCGUGACAGAUUCGAAUCAAUAGACUGGGAGUAUGCUAGCAAAUCAGUAGAAACACUAGCUAAAUUUCAUGCAUUGUCUAUACCUCAUAGAGGUAAUCGUUCUAGCACAUUUAAUAAUUUAUUAAAUAAUAAAGGCCCAGCAUUUUACUUUAUUAGUAAUAUUAAAGAAUCUUAUCCUGUUAUAAUAGAAAAUGCUAUAAAUGCAACGAACGAUAAAAAUAAAGAGAAAGUUAAAAAUUAUAUAAAUAACAUUGCUAUUUUUGAAAAAUAUCAAUCUUUCUAUACUAAUCACUUGCGUCGACAGUUUAUAAUACAUGGAGACUUCAGAGUUAGUAACCUUAUGCACAAAGUGAACGAGGACGGUUCAUUAGUCGUUAUACCUGUCGACUAUCAAACUAUCCAUAUGAGUAGUCCCGUACUAGAUUUGCUGUUUUUCAUCUUCACGGGUUCCGACGAGGCGUUCAGGAGACAGUACUACGACCAGCUCAUAGAACAUUACUACAAGGAGCUACGUCGUGCAUUGAGCCAACUACACGUAGAUCCCGAUAAGGUCUAUUCCAAGAAAGACUUCGAGUCUGAUCUAAAAGAGUUUUCAACAUUCGGACUGUUCACAAGCAUGUGUGUUCUCCCACUGAUCACUGUGGAGGCUGAAGAUGCGCCCGAAAUGGGAGAGGAAGUCAGCGACAUCCACAGCUUCGUGAGGCUGAACUGCACGCCUAGGUAUCGCGAGAGAUGGAAUGGAAUUGUCAACGACUACAUUAGAUGGGGCAUACUUUAGUUACAUUUGUAAAUUGGACUUUAAUGACAUUAAAACUUUAUUGUUCUAUAAUACAGGUUUGUUAAAAGCAUGGGGUGAUGGCAAAGUUAAUAAUAACGGAGGUGAUGGGUUUCAAUUUAAAAAGUAUGGGGAUUUCAACUAUAUUAUUAUGAGAUGUAGCAGCAAUUGUUGUUUUAUAAAUUUGUAUUUACAAAUUAAAUAACUGUCCUAUCUUUCAAAUUGCAGUUAACAGUUAUGUUUUUAUACCACUGAGGUAGCAAACAAGCAUACGACCUACCUGAUGGUAAGCGGUUACCCUAGCCUAUGAACGCCAGCAAUACCAGAGGCAGUAAGGGACGUUGCCGACCCUGAAGAAAUCUCUUUAUCAAUAAUAUAUCAUUUUUUAAUAUACAAGUAGGUUCGAACAUUACAACCAGAGGAAGCCUUUGUAUAAAAGUCGUUUGCUUGAGAACCUCUGUCCUAUUCGUGUUUCAACCGUGAAGCAGUUAUGUUUGCAUGGCUGUGUUUCGGUUUAAAGGGUGCGAUAUGGCAGUGAAUUUACAGGGUACAGAGGAAUAACACCUGAGUACUCAGGAAUGGCAACGCAUGGAGGGUAUCAUGUGCGAAACAGUAUACUCUGUUAUGUGCAUGGUACUGCUCAUAUCUAUAGGCGACGGUUACCACUUUCCAUCUGGUGGACCGUCAGCUUGUUUGCCAUUUUAAGUUACAUAAAAAAAUUGGUUACGGCUAAACCGCUUAACCUGUAAUGCUGUUUCGGAUAUUAUCGUAAACAUAUAAGGUCGCACGAAAUUUUUAUAUAUUAAAAGCAUUCAUAACUUUUGUUUACCUAAGUUUGGCAACAUUGCAUUUAUCUAUUUUCCGAAACAACUGUACAUUUUCCAAUGUUUUUUUAAAGAUCAUUUAAAAAGCAAUUUGCUAAAGAAUAAAUAUGUUAAUAAUAGAAUACAUUGCAUAUAAAUGUAUCAUUAAAAACUCUGCACCUACUUCAUAUUUUGCUUGCAAAUUUUUUAAAUACAUUUUUUGCAAUCAAAAUACAAAUUCUUAAUGACAUUUUAAUAGGAAUAUUAUUACAUGAUUAACUGUACAGUUCACAGAACACUUUUUAAGUAAUUAAUGAGAAAUAUUGAAAUAUAUUCAAUUGUUUUUGAUAAUCCACAGACAAAGGUCAUGUUGUCAUACUACGUUAUGUACGUUCUUAAGAUUAGAUGUAUUGUUUUUUUUUAUACAACUUAGAAUGGCAAACAAGCUGACGGCCCACCUGAUGGAAAGUGGUAACCGUCGCCUAUAGACAUGAGCAGUACCAUGGACAUAACAGAGUGUACUGUUUCGCCCAUGAUACCUCUCCAUACGUUGCCAUUCCUGAGGACUCAGGUGUUAUUCCUCUGUACCCAGUAAAUUCACGCCAUAUCCCACCCUUCAAACCGAAACACAGCCGUGCAAACACAACUGCUUCACGGUUGAAACACGAAUGGAACAGAGGUACCCAAGCAAUCGACUUUUGUACAAAGUCUCCCUCUGGUAUUUGUACAAAGUCCCCCUCUGGUCAAAUAUUGUAAAUAGAUAGAUAGAUACUCUUUAUUGUUUCCUCCAAAAUAUUACAAUAGUAAACUUAUUAUAAAUAUAAAUAAUUACAAGAAAUAAUCACAAUAGAAAACAAUGGGCAACCUUAUCGCUAAGAGCGAUCUCUUGCAGGCAACCUUUGGAUAGAUGGAUGUAAAUAUUGUAAUUAGUUAUCUUACGAUCUCUAUAGUGUAAUCAUACAUGUAUUUAUUGGAAUAAAUAAACAAAAUA